AUGUCUAGUGUUGCAGAGAUCUUCGAAAGAAUCGACAAGAACAAAGAUGGGAAAAUAUCAUGGGACGAAUUCGCCGAGGGGAUUCGUGUUUUCUCUCCUUCAACAACGUCGGAAGAAAUCGAUAAGAUGUUCAUAGAGCUUGACACCGACGGUGACGGUCACAUCGACGUCAACGAAUUUGCUAAGUGCAUGGUUAGCGGCAAAGACGACGACGAAGAAGCUAUUAUGAAAACUACUUUUGAUCUGUAUGAUAUUGAUGGUGACGGGAAGAUUUCAGCCAAUGAGAUUCACGUGGUGUUGAAGCGACUUGGAGAGAAUAUAUCAAUGGAGGAGUGUGUCAAGAUGGUUCGAGCCGUUGAUGCAGACGGCGAUGGUUUUGUGAGCUUUGAAGAGUUUAAGACUAUGAUGAAUUCUAACAACAAGAAAGCUUUAUGA